AUGGACACCUAGAAAGAUGUUCAACCCUCAAAGUUGUAGCCAAUGAUAUAUAUCUCAGGAAAAUGUCACACAGGAAAUGAAACAAAAUCCACAGAUCCAAUCAGACACAGAGAAAGUGAAUACAGAGUAAUGUACAAGAAAGAGACUAAAAUAAUGUUGGUUUUUGAUGCUCAGUGA